AUGAUCGUUGGAUGCAGUAACGAAACCAAGGGUUUCAGAGCAUUCAUCAGGAAGGAUAAGAAGGUCAUCACGACGCAGCAUGUCAAGAAUAUUAAAACGUUGUCUGAAGCCCAGAACAGGCAGCUGCAACUAGCCAGUGAUGACGAUGACCGGGCAGAUUCAUACGAAGGCACUGAGACACCUGUGAGACAGAGCAGUAAUGUUACUGCGAGCAAAAAGCCCAAGAAGAAGAAACAGUGGAAUCGCCAGCCACACGUGACAAGAGGUGCGGCAAAGAAAGCAGCUGCAAGCCAACAAGAAGUAGCUGUCAGCGCAGAUGUCGUCAAUCACGUGUUCGACAGAGAUCCUCGCAACUAUGGUGAAGCAAUGAAGAGCAAGAAGAGAAACGAGUGGCAAAAAGCAAAGCGUGAGGAGCUGGACGCGCUUAAAAGAAACGAAGUGUGGCGUCUGGAGCUCCGAUCAAGCAACAGCACCGUUAUCCAUAGUAAAUGGGUCUUUAAGACUAAGACGACUGCCGAUGGAGAUUUGGAAAGGCACAAAGCGCGCCUCGUUGCCUGCGGUAAUGAACAAGUUUUUGGCGUGGACUACGCGCUAACUUUCGCUGCCGUCAUGGACAUGACGACAGUGAAAGUAAUCUUGGCGUUAGCUACAACAUGGGGCGUCCCGGCUAAGCACGGAGACGUCCCCAAUGCUUACGUUAAAGCAGAGAAGGAACAGCAUCUCGCGAUUCUGAUGCAUGUCCCCAAGGGUAUGACGAUUGAUACAAGAGAGUUAAAAGAACUGGGGGCAACGAAGAUUGAAGAUGUCGUGCUUGAACUGAAGAAAAAUCUUUAUGGCUUAUAG